AUGUCCAAACGCUUUCGACGUCGUUCACACUCCUCGGACCCGGAGUCACCAUCAAGGUCCCCAAUAUAUACAGACAGUAUUGCACUUGCCGAUUCGGAACGAGCGAAGAUCGCGCGGGAUUCUAUCCCCCUCUUCGAGGUUAUGCAUUGUGCGCUACCGCCGCAUAGAGAGACUCUGUCAUUCACCUCCUACGAGGACUAUGAAGUUCAUUAUGCCCAGGCACAUGUUAAUCGCUGUUCACAGUGCAGCAAGAACUUCCCCACUGGUCAUUUUUUGAAUCUCCAUAUCGAGGAGAAUCAUGAUCCUCUCGCAGCGGCUCGAAGGGCACGAGGGGAGAAAACCUAUGGCUGCUUUGUUGAGACGUGUGAAAGGAAAUGCUCGACUCCCCAGAAGCGGAGACUGCACUUGGUGGAUAAGCACAUGUUUCCUCGAAACUACAAUUUCUACAUCAUAAAUGAUGGAAUCGACAAGCAAACCUCCCUGCUGCGGCCAAUGAAUAGCGACCGCACCCGACGGCGCAUUUCCACGGCGUCUAUCUCGUCAAUCAAUGAAGGGCGGCUGCGGCGGCGGAGCUCAGCAUCUCAAACCAAUCCUCCGCCAAUACAAGUGAAAACCCCGACCCCAGAUGAUAUGGAAAUUGAUGACCUGGAGCGGUCUAUGUCUGCGCUUCGGUUUGUGCCUUCUAGUGUGACGAGGAACCGGGCAAAAGGAUCGCAUUCGAGGUCUUGA